AUGAAGCUCCUCUACCCCAACUCUCUGAACAACACCGAUGCCGAAAUACUUGUGACCUGGGUCAACCCAGCGGCGCGCCUUAGAGAAGAGGCGCGGCGCCUCCCCAAGCUCCGUUGGAUCCAGUCUCUGGCCGCGGGUCCCAACGACGUGCUGGAAGCGGGCUUCGACGUUUCCAGGAUCUUGAUCACUACAGGUUCGGGUCUGCACGACCACACGGUGGCCGAACACACGCUGGGACUGCUCCUGAACGCCGCGCGUUGCUUAUUUGAAAUGCGCGAUUACCAAUUACGAGGCCAGUGGCCGUCGCACCUAGGCGGCGCCCAGCCAGACCGCCCCGAAGGCAAGCUCACGACGCUACAAGACGCCAGGGUCCUAAUCUGGGGCUUCGGAAAUAUCGCUAAAAUGCUGACGCCGUGGCUGAAUGCACUAGGUGCCAAGGUUAAGGGUAUAGCGCGUAGCCCCGGCGUGCGUAACGGCACCCCAGUCUACGGCGAAGAGGCCUUGGUCGAGCUUCUGCCAAAUACCGAUGCGCUGGUUAUGAUUCUACCAGGCAGCGAGGCGACUAAGCACGCUCUGAACAAGGAGCGGCUAGACCUGCUGCGGAAACAUGCUUGGGUCAUCAAUGUAGGCCGCGGCUCAAGUGUAGAUGAGCAGGCACUUGUGCAUGCGCUGGACAAUGACGAGAUCGGUGGUGCGGCACUCGAUGUGUUUGAGACAGAGCCGUUGCAAGAGAACAGCCCGCUUUGGAAGACGAAGAACACCAUUGUAAACCCGCAUGCGGCGGGAGGGAGGCCGCAGACGCCCACGACAUUGGUUGCAUAUAAUUUGACAAGAUUCCUGACCGGUCAGGAAUUGAAGAACGUCAUCUGA